AUCUUUAUAAUCCCCUAAAAACACCCGCAAAGGUUUUCUUCUACUUCUUCUUGAAUCGUUUUCUACAAACCAAUGGAUGAUGUCUUUAUAUCGGAAGAAUAUGUCAACCGCCGGAGAAUGGAGAAAAAAGCUGCCUCCACUGCCGGCAAAAACAUGAUGUUAGGCUCUGGUUCAAGCAAGAAACCGGAUAAGAGAUAUAGUACUAGUAGUAAUCCUCGGAUGUCGGCAUCUCGGCCGGAUAAUGAGUUUCUCGUCACCGGUGGUGCAUGUGUUUAUGAGAGUUUUGUGUUCCACUGCUUCUCGCCGUGAAAACCACCAAAGCGUUCGAGUUUA